AUGCGCAGCGGGUUGGCCUGCCUACUCGGCUUGGCUAGCGUGGCCUUGACUGAUGCAUUAAGUCUGGAGAAGAGAGACAACCCCGCGGUUCUCGCAAUGCCAAUGGUACGCGACACUUCACGUCAGUUUUCGAAGCGAUCGAAGACUGUCGAUGCCAAUCUUGAUAAUGACCAAGAAUACUACACUUCCUAUGUCGCAAAUUUUACUUUUGGCACCCCGCCGCAGCAUUUCCUAGCUUACAUUGAGACAUGGGGUAAUGGGUGCUGGCUUGCCGGGGUGACUGACUACUGGUGCGAGCUCUACACUAACCAGUCUUCUUGUGGUGGAUAUGGAGGCUACAACCUGACUGCCUCGACCACUGGCAAAGAGCUCGACGAAAGAUUUUCAUAUAACGAUGACGGUAUCAUGACAGGUGGGGACUUCGUGACCGAUGUUCUGAAUAUCGGUAAUGCCACAAUAGGCGCCAUGAAAAUGGGAAUCAUCACGGGUGAUGGUAUCAACGACAAUACCUUGAGUCUUGGGUAUGGAAAUGCAUCUUCCACCUCUCUGACCCAGGCAUUAACCGACGCCGGUGCCAUCAAUUCUCCGGCUUUUAGUCUUUGGGGCCAUACAGCUCUGUUUGGUGGUAUCAACAAGGCAAGAUACGACGGCUCUCUCUACACCUUUCCUAUAGUCAACGGAUCAGACCUGCCAAAGGCUCUCCGUAUCAAUAUGACUGGCAUCUCGAUCAACGAAACAUCCGCGGCCUCAAAGGAAUUUCCGCUGGACGCUGUCUUCGACGUUGCGGCUGGAAUGACCUAUGUGCCUAACUCUGUUGCCCAAGCCCUGAAUGCCCAGAUCGGCACCACCUCUGUUCCGGAUGAGCUGGGACAAGUCAACUUCUCUUGCAGUGCGGUGGGCGAGAACUCGACAAUAGAGUUCAAAUUCGGGGAUCUGGAAUUCCAAUUCUACCUCAGCGAUUUCAUUUCCCACCAAUCUCACGUUGCGGAGGAUUAUGGGUGGGCAGAAGGUGACAACACGUGCUAUUUCACGAUCUGUGAGAACACCGAGCUCCAGUUUGAGGGAAGCAUCGUUUUGGGCUCCAACUUCAUAAGCAAAAUUUAUGCAGUCUUUGAUCUUGAGAAUGAAGAGAUAUCUUUGGCCAAUCUCAGCUGGGAUGACUCUCCAGACGAUAUUGUCGAGAUUACAUCGGGCAAGAAUGGUGUGCCGGGGGCAAAGAAGGAGUCAGCUGGUACGCGCCUUGACAAAGGCCUAGGGAUGAGCAAUCUGCUGGUAGGUGCUACUCUGCUGGUCCUAGCUUCUUAA